UUACCGUUGUCCUCGGGCGGUAGGUGAUCGCCGCGGUCGGUGACCUAGGAGUCCUUACCAACAGUGAUGAACAGCGAACCUCAGAUUUAGAGUUAGUAAAGGGAGAAAACUCGUCCAAAAAUGUCUCGACCAAUCAAAGGCAGUAGAGACCAGUCCAUUCAUCAUAUGUACGAUAAUACGGCGUUCACUAUUAGUUAUCCUUUCAUUGAAAACGGUGAUGGUAGUAGUGAGAGCCGGGCACAGCAGGAUCUAGAACUUGCAGUCGUGACAGGACAGCCAUGGCAAGACUCUUCCUCCCCACCCACGGGCGCUGAAGGGAGGGGCUCACUAUAUCUUAAUGUAAAUAACAAAAAUGAUAAAGUUCGGGAAAACGCGCCUCCGUUUAGUGUCAAUGUAGCUACAGAGGAAGGGAAUUGUUUCAACCUAAAAUCUUCCCCCGGGGAUUCUCUCACCCCAGGGUCAACCUUAGAGAGCAACAUGUCUCUUAGUACACCAUUUCUGACCCCUAACGGCAGGGACGGAGUGAAUGAAAAAACUACAAGUUCACAGGAAGACUUGGAAAAGAAUGGAAAGUUAGAAGGGGGAAAGGAGCACCCCGAAAGAGAAACUUGGGGAAAAAAGGUGGAUUUUCUACUCUCUGUGAUCGGAUUUGCCGUGGAUCUUGGAAAUGUGUGGAGAUUUCCGUAUAUAUGUUACAAAAACGGCGGAGGUGCGUUCCUAAUACCGUACAUCAUCAUGCUUGUGUUCCUUGGGAUUCCGCUGUUCUAUAUGGAACUGGCGCUCGGUCAAUACCAGAAAUGUGGCGCAAUCAACGUGUGGCAGAGAAUUUGUCCCAUGUUUACAGGUGUGGGUUACGGGAUAUGUUUUGUGGCGACCUUUGUGGGGAUGUACUACAACACUAUCAUAGCGUACGCCCUUUACUAUUUCAUCAUGUCGUUCCGGGCGGAAGUUCCCUGGACACACUGUAAUAACGAUUGGAACACACAACACUGUGUCUCAGUAGUGGACGGUUACAACAAAUCUGAAAUCACCAACCAAACCAUGCUGGCUGCUUCAGAGUACUACCUAUUCAAGGUGCUGGAGAUCGACAAAUCUAGAGGCGUGGAGUACGUUGGGCCACCGAAGUGGGACCUGUUGUUGUGUCUGUUGGGAGUAUUCGUUCUCAUCUACUUUUGUUUGUGGAAAGGCAUUAAGUCCUCGGGAAAGGCAGUGUGGGUAACCGCGACUUUACCAUACAUAGUCUUAUUCAUCCUCCUCAUUCGGGGAUGCACCCUCCCCGGUGCUGCCAAAGGAGUCUUGUACUAUCUUCGGCCGCAGUGGCAUCGCCUUAACGAUGUAAACGUAUGGUUAGAUGCAGCUACACAGGUCUUCUUCUCACUUGGGCCAGGGUUCGGGACUUUGUUGGCUCUUUCCAGCUACAACAAAUUCAACAACAAUUGUUAUUUAGACGCCAUGGUAACGAGCGUGAUAAACUGCCUCACGAGUUUUUUGGCGGGAUUUGUUGUGUUCUCGGUGCUCGGCUAUAUGGCACUGCAACAGAGCCGGGAUAUUGACAAGGUCGCCGUCGAAGGACCAGGUCUUGUUUUCGUCGUGUACCCAGAAGCCAUUGCGACAUUAGAUGGUUCCAUAUUUUGGUCCAUUAUCUUCUUCCUAAUGUUGAUAACGCUUGGUUUAGAUAGUACGUUUGGGGGAUUGGAGGCGGUCAUCACGGCUGUGUGUGAUAAUUUUGGUGUGGUCAGAAACAGACGGGAACUGUUUGUGUUGGCCCUGGUCGUGUACUGUUUCCUCGGUGCUAUAUCCACAACCACAUACGGGGGCCAGUUUGUCAUCAAUCUGUUGGAUCGCCAUGCCGCUCCAAUAUCCCUCAUCUUCAUCUGUUUCUGUGAGGCCAUCGCCGUGAACUGGUUUUACGGCGUACAAAGGUUCUCAAAUGACAUUAAAAGUAUGGUUGGGUUUGAACCAGGCAUUUUCUGGAAGGUAUGCUGGGUAGCUGUUUGUCCAGUAAGUUUGUUGUUGCUGUUUGUGUUGUCAAUAUGGGCAUAUUCAGGGAUACAACUAGACGGCUACGUGUAUCCUGAUUGGUCUGUAGCUAUCGGGUGGUGCAUCACCUGUUCAUCCCUCAUUUGCAUACCAUUGUAUAUUGUUUGUAAUAUAUUCACCACCACAGGAACAUUAAAACAGAAACUCUUGAGAUUGGUGAAGCCUGCCUCCAUCCCAAACCAUGUCCAAGGAGCCAAUGGAUACGCUGGACAUGAUACAUACGAGGUUUACCCAAUAAGUAAUUCAAAUACGCAAGUGGAAGCAAUACAUGCCAACUCUCUGCCAUAUAUUACAAACAUUCAGAUGAAUGGGGCACCAAAACAAGACAGCACGGAGAUAUUCUGACAGAAUCAGGAAAAAAUGUAAUGCUAUUGUAUGCACUGUGAAGGAACGUUAUUGAGACUGUCUCCAGAUCAAUUGUUCUGUUAUAAGCAUUAUGUGUCAGUACCAACCAGUCAUUAAAUACGUGUUUGUUGUAUAUAUUGCCGAAAAGAGUGCUAAACACUCCAUCGUAAUAUACUACAAAAAAAGAUGUUUAAAGACGUCUUACAUAUGGCUGUAUUUGUAAGUGAAUCUGAAAACGAGAGAAGGUUUGUUUACAACUUAUGUAGACAUACAUGGGUUUCCACCAAUAAAGAUUCAUAUUGUACAAGUUACUUCAUCUCUGUGAGAUAAAGGUACCAACCCCGUAAUAUCUAUCUAAGGAGAGGAAUCCUUGCUGAGUGCUUCACUUUAAACAUACCUCCCCUUAGACUUGAGAUGUCUUUUUCUCCACUCACAUAGGUAAUCAGUUAUUUUCUCACCGAUGUUUCAGUGACUCUUGAACAUUGUGUUUCAAUGUAGGAAAACAUAAACCUUUUCCCCAAGGAUUAAUUGAACCAAUUCUGUUAAAGGUUGGAAAACACUGCUUAACCCAAUCAACGGUUACUGGAGAUAAAAAUGUGCCACACAUGGCAUUUAGAAAUGGCAGGAAAUCAGAUGCUGUAACCCCGAACAAUGUUAGAAUCAUUUGUGUUUAUAAGGAUGCUUGACAGUUUUGUGUUGAUAAGGGCAUUUGUCUAUAUUUUGAUACUAAAUGUGGUAGAGGCAGCUUUUUGUAAACAUCAGAACGUUUGCUGUUUUCUAGCAACACAUUUCCCCGCUGUAACUAAUGUUGGUUAUACUUAUUUGUAGAGCAACUAUUCGGGAAAUGUACCUUUAAUGGUUGUCAUUAUCGUAAGAAAUACUUACAGAAACAUUAUUUAUAGUAUAUGAAUUACUAUUUUAUCCGGUUUCCAUCGGUAAGAACAACGUUGAUCAAUCAAGGAGAUUGUAACACGGGACAUAGUUUACGGUGUCGCAUGCUGGCGAGGGCAGCUCUUAAUGUAUCUGUUAUAUCCACGAAAGUGAAAUUUACAUACAUUUGUUUCAAAACAGAGUCAUCACAUUUUCUAUGUUUGUAUUUAUCAAAAAUAACUAUCAAAUCACAAUAAAACAAACAGUUUAAUGUUAACGCUGAUAAUAUAUAUCUACAUAUGUGUAAAAUAUCUUCAGUGUUCAGUUACACUUUGUAUUUAAAGAGAAGAAAACGAUUUACCUGUUCAAAAUACUGAUGAUCUAUUGUCAUAAUCUCGAGAGAGUGAAUGGUAUCUAUGUCUGUAGUUGCUAAGGGAAGCAACUACGACGGUCUUCCGAUAAAUUCUGCCCGAACACUUCAGUUAAGUAUUGAUGAAUGGUGCGUUCUCCUGCCCAGAGAUAUAAUUUGGAUUGUUAAAAUGAAGAUUGAGACUUAAUAUGAAAUACGCGCUUAUAUCAGUACAGUUAUUCCUGAUUUAUACACACGAUGUUCAUUUACACAAAACUGUGCAGUAAACAUGCCACUUCUGUUGCCUGUGUGAAAACUGUUUAAGGUUGGUCAGUAAAUCAAAAAAUGAUAUGAAAGAGGAAAACAGGGUCAGGCAGGUCAGUUGCUUCAGUAUUAGACAACAUUAUUGCUGUUCAAGCGUUUGUUGAGAAGUCUGACUGUUACACUGUUUCCAACAUAGUUGACUGUAAACGGCAUCAUACACUACCAAUUAACGAAGUUCUUAAAAUUUUGAAAUUUAAAAACGUUUGUGACAGGUGGUCCUCUACUUGCUUAUACGGUAAAAACUUUGAACCCAAGUGACACUUAAUAAACAAUGGUUGAUAAACAUUUGAUAAGACAAAUGAUAGCUUAAUGUCCGAAGAGCGCGAAAUAUGUUUUUAAUAUCCCAUGUUGUCAAGUCUAGUGGACCAGUAAUUCAAAUACCAUAAUGUAUAAAGACAGAGUGCGUAAAAAUGUGAAAACAUUUUUCAUGAAAACACUUUAAAAUAAAGGAUUAAACGUUAACACGAUAUUUACAACAAUCCUUCGUUUCACAAUCGUGAUGUUUUGCCGACUUUCCCACUCUAUUCAUCAGACUUAAGUACCUGUGACUUUGUAUUAUUUCAUUUGCCGAAAACGCUUUUGUAUAUUAAAAGAUACAUCCAGAAUUGCACUGAAUUCUGCACUACAAUAUUCCAGUAUCCAGCCACAUCAGCGUUUCCCUCAUGCUCAGCACGAUUGUGAAAGUGCCAGUCUGCCAAGAAGGGUAUCUUAAGGAAAUCGGUAAUAGAAAAACACAACUAUCUGAAACACUAAUUUAAUUUAUAAAAAUAACGACAAAAAUUAUUCAAUGAUGUAUCGAAUGUUAUUUCCUGAUGAUGAUAAUUAAAUAUGCAUUAAAUCUCUAUAAACGUUAGGAAAUUUUGCGAUCUUUUAAAAACACAUUUCUCGAUUAUUUUCGAAGGGUGAGUUAAGUCACAAUCCGUUACACGAGACCACGUCAGCUGGCUUCAUAUCUAAAAGGAAAUCAUAAUACUAUAUUUCCUUAUCUUAUCGCCACGUUUUAAGGUUUUCAGAAAUCCAAAAAAUGUUUUUCAAUCUGAAUAUAUAUUUUCCAUGCGAGUGUAAAAAGGAAACCGCAUUUUCCUCUUUAAUUCAAGAAACAUUAUUUUGCUCAUAUGGAAAUUUUGAAUAUUGCUUUGAUAUUGCUGUAGUUAAUUCCUUUCAUCGUUAAUAUUUUGUUGUUUUGUUAUACUUGGUAACUUAUUUACCUCUUGUUUCGUUGUCUAUUGGUUAGCAUAUACAUUAGAUAUAAAAAAUUCUUGAUACCAUAUUCAGCCCUCUGAUAAGCUGUCGUAUUGAUAGUGCUGUAGAAUGCAGAUAAGAAUUUGUAUCUAACUGUCGAAGUAUCUGUCUUGGUUAUAGGUGUACCAUAUGACAUGGGAGUAGGGACUUCACUGUGUUCACCAUUAUUCUGAUACGUUGAUAAUACAAAUGUUAUCAAUCGGGAUUAUUUCAUAUCUGCUUCUUAUUUCUAGUUUGAAAAUGUCGUUUAUUCAAGAAAUCAUCAUGUUAUGCUGAGACCAUGGUUUUCGUUUUUAUUUUGAAAUAUGUAUGUCAUUCACACUAAAAUAUUUUAUAAAUUUCUUUCUAUAUCCUGAAGAUACUCUCUAACUUCGUUAUAUUUUUCCUGAUACUUUUGUGCUUUUCUCUUCUGACUCUAAUGACAGGUUGUUAAAUUAUCGUAUCUUUCUGAAUCACCCAUUGAAAAAAUUGGUACAUAUAUCUCAGUGAUUAGUCCUACACAUAGUUUCUAUCAACACCUUCGUGAAAGAUUAUUCGUUAUAUCAUUUACGUCUCAUCCUAUUUUUAGUAUUUUUAGCUAAUUUUCAUUUUUUAAUUAUGAUGAAUCAUUGAUUAUGAUUUUAUUGUCAAUUUACUUUUUCUUCUGAAAUAAAUCUGAUUAUUACAAUUGGACAUAUAAGUCUAAUCUGAUGAUUUAUUUCUCAAUUUCAAAUUCAUCUCUCAGCACUGAUUCAACGGUAAAGUACAUGCGUUUUAACAACUUUCUCAUGCUUAGAAAUCAAAUUUGAAUUAGGGAAAAAUGAAAUAGCUUGCCUUGGUUUGGUUAAGUUUGAUUUCACAAAUACAUAGGCCAUGUUGUAGGCGUUAUGGUAAACAUAUUCCUUAUCUGUAACGUAUACGGUCUCGUUACUGACAGUUAAUACGAUAGAUUAUAGACAGAAGACGUACGGCUAUUUCUUUGCUAAAUACACCAUUUCAUGUUCUAACACUAAGUUUGUUGUCGACUUUUGUCACGUUGUCUCAGUUAUAUUUAAUUUUCAUUCGAUGAUUGAUAUUUGAUAUAAUCGCUCGUGCGCAAACUUACGUCACAUGCUUGAUAUACGCAUCACCUCGAUAUUGCUUUACAGUUGUACAUAUUGAUAUCCAAUAUUUGAUUGAUGUCAACUGUCGCUUUAAUGUUAUUUUUCAUAUCCUGUGGCCAUAUCAGUCCUUUGUUUCAUUUGUCUUUUGUUCUAUUUGUUCUAUCCUUAUUCAAUGAUUAAUGAACUUUUUCAAUGAACGCUUAAGAAAGUGUAUCAACCGCUUUUCUGUUUAAGAUUAACGUAUCGUUAUUGGUUUGCGACCUUUUACAUUGUUGUUGUGACUGAUAAUAAACACUGUCGUUAUUUACCUUUGUCAUUUGCAUCGUUUAAGCGUCUACAUACUGUUAAUGUAUAAAGGUUUAUAACAUUCAAUACAUUUUUAAACACGAGACAUUAUAAAAAGAUUAACAUUAAAGAUGUUAAUCAACACAAUGAGAUAAGUUUUUAUAAAAUUUCUUAUGAUAAAACUUUUUGCAUGCCAUAAUAAAUGGUUAAGAAUAUGAACCCAAUAUUCAUAAUCCAAUAAAGAAAUAAACAAAAUCUUUUCAGGUUAUUCUUUUCAUUGAUUCAAGUCGGUUGAACAUACAAUGGGGAACAGGGUAUCAUUUUGAAAGAUUUAUCGGUUUGAUGAGUGACAUCGCAGACUUAUCAGGAACUUCGAAAUGGUGUCAUGAAGUGAUUUUCUUUCCGAUUACUAAGUUUGUUAGAAAACGUUUCAGGGUGGUAAACAUUGAUGUAUAAUAUUUCUUACUGUUGAUGAAUUGUAAAAACAUUUCUGUUGGUUGUUUCUGUUAGAUAUUUACAAUAAAAAUGUAAAUAUAUUGAUAUGAAUAUAUGUAUAUAUAUAUAUAAAGCCACGUGCAUGUUCUAUGGUUCAUGUGUAUGACGUAUGACAUUGUCUCUGAAGUUGAGAAUUUAACAGAAGCUAUUUUCCGAGGAUGCUAACGUAGAUUACCUCUUACUAUUGGGUAAUUUGUAUAUGUUUAUAUUGUAGACCGACACAGAUGUAAUGAGGAAGUAAAAAUUGUCUAAA